AUGAACCGAGUGCCCGCGACGAAUUUUCAACAUCUAAAGGACGAGCCCGAGUUGCUGCGCCGCUUUCGGGAGGAUCUUGGCCGUGACAAGCAUAACCCAUUUCUACAAAUGUUGGCUGUUAGCGCCAUCACGCGUCCGUUCGGAUCGCCAACUCUUCAAAAACUCGCCGCGCGACUUGUUCUAGCAACUUUCGUCGCAAUAGCUGACGAUUUGGAAAAAGAGCUGCUGUUUUGUGCGGAGGAUCAGAUGAUUUGCAGCGCUUCUUCAUGUCUAAUCUCGGCCUUGACUGCUGAGCGCCUGGCGUUUGUAGGCUGCAUAAUUUGCCGAUUUUUGAUGCAAAACUCUACUGCCGUUCGUACGAAUGUCCUACGGUGCUGGGUGGCCCGGCUGGGAAAUCAGAAAAACGGGUUGGAGCUGUUCAGGAAGAUUAUCGGGUACGGGGAGUCGAUCUUGGGCGACGAGGCGAGGAAGAUUGCCGAGCUCUGGCCUCCUUCAACCGCAGAUGAGUACGAGAAUUUGAGCUGCAUCUCGGCCGAUUGGGCCUGGCGCGAAGCAGAAGCGCCAACGACGACGAGAGACCGAGCGAUGACUGCAAUGCUAGCGACAGCUCAUGUCGCUCUUCAGGAGCGGCUAAAAACGAGGAAUAAAGUCUGGGAUCCAUUGUUGAAAGUUGAGACCCUAAAACAGUCUCUGGUUUGGCCGCUAGAUUCGGUCAGGGCGCUCGGCUUUUCCCUGCUCGUUGCUAAUGACCGGCGCUGCAACAUGUUUGAAGGCUCAUUGGAUCAGCCAACGGCCACGCUAGACUUUAUCCACGAAAAUCUGACGACCCAGAAUUCGGCGCUGGAAGACGCGAUUCGAGCUCAAAUUAAAAAGCUGGGCCUCGAUUUGUCGAUUCCGGACGAGGAGGGGUGGAAGGAGUCGAAAAUUAGUGGUACUUUCAAGAUUGCCAAUCAGCAGGAGCUUGAUAAGGUUUUCGAGGAGGCUGAAAAGCUUUUUGACAAGUCCGGCUCAUGUUCCGAGGAGCAUUGCCCCCAAUUCUCGGAGCUGGCCACGAAUUUGCAGCAGCACGGGCUGACGGUGGAUUCGUUUUCGAAGGAAGUACAGACUCGAUUCAAGUCCGCCGCUUCCGCGAUGUCGGCCAACGAGGCUUUGGGAACCUCCAGGAACAUAGAGCGCUUAUGGCAAGCCGUGCUGCGGACUCGCGAAAAGUCGAUUGUCGAUCAUGGCACCGAAUUGUUUGCCUCACUCUUUCUAAAAGACCGUCGCGUGAUUGAGCCGAUUUUUCUGAAGACCAUCAAGCUUGUGGUAUCGCCUACUUCAUCUACGAGAACUCUGGCCUUGUCGAAAAGUCUGUGGGCGUGCUGCCAAGUCUCAGUCUACAAUUUUGUGAAGCUUUGGGACCAAUUUGAGGCAAUUUUACGCGACUGCUUCACCUACAACCCCGUCAUUUCUGCACGAGUUUUAAAAAUAACAAAGUACUUCAUGUCACGCGAGCUUUGCCCAUGGUCAAAAGAUCGACCUGCUCUUGUCUUUUUGUUCAAGACCUGCCUGGCCGUUGUCGGGAAGGCGGAGGAUUUUCUGACAAGAAGCGCGGCGCGAAUUUUGUUUGGUUUUGUUGCAAAUCUGAUCUGGGACCGCCGGGAGACUUGUUUCUACUACGAAUUGCUAGUGGACGAUUGGAAAGAUGUGGUGAAAAUGGCACUGGAGUGCUUUUCCAGCGAAGAGCCUUUCUCUACCGAAUAUCGGCUUCUCGUGUUGUCUUUUCUAUGCAAGAUUUGCGAAAAGCUGUCCGAACUCUUAUUGGCCGCCUUGCCCAAGGCUGAAGAUAUUCGGGAAUCUCGCCUUAUUUUGGACUGUGUCGCGGCUUUGAUCCCAUAUUCUGAGGUUCACAACCUGCAAACAAAGCUAAACGUCGCUUACCAAAAGAAGAGGGUUUUACGAGCGUCAGAUACGCCUUCUUUACUCCUCAAUGAUUCGUUGACACGGCUGUGGAGCCCAAGCCACGACUCGAAAUCGCCAUUCGAGCGCGAGCAGCGGAUUCCGACCGAUAUUCUCCAGAGCCCCUACAUUCAAGUGGUGCUCGAAUUUCGCAAGCUUUUAAAAGAUAGUGACCAGGAAAAGAUAAAAAAUCACCUUGCCGGCACGAAAGCCGAAGCCGAGAAGUCCGAGCUUCACCAGAACGCCUACAACUAUUGCCGACGAUUGUACGUGAAUAGAACAUUGCUA